GCACCGCCUCGCCCCCUCAGCGCCUAUUAUCCUCUCCUCCUCUUCGGCCAUGACGCAGAUGUUGCACAGCACCUGCCAAGCUGCCUGCUUAUAUAACAGUCCGGGUCGGGUGCAUUCGUCCACAACCUCAAUUUACUCACAACCGCAACUCCAUCUUGACCAGAAAAGACUCUACUCUAUGGGCGCAUUCACAGCAUCAGCACAAGCCCCUCUACACCCCGUCAACCCGCCCAUUGGCAUAUUUCCCUAUCUCUACGCGAAAGAGCCCACAGCAUUGAAUAUUAAGGAAAAGAUAUCUUGGAGUGGCGAUGACUUUGCCGUCAAAGACCUUGCCGGAUGGGUGGUUGUACGGUGUGAGGGGCAGGCAUUCUCAUAUCGAGAUCGCAAGAUCAUCAGAGAUUCCAGUGGCAAGUUUCUGUUUUGCUUACGGAACAAGAUCAUGACGUUCUUCAAAACAAUUAUUGCCGAGGACGAACAUGGCCAGGAACUAUUCCGAGUGCAAAAACACUUUGCUUUCGGAGCCAAAGCGAUAGCAACAUUCCAUGACGCCGCCACCAACGUCCCGAUGGCUCUUUCGCUGCGUGGCGACUUUUGGGGAGGUUCAGCCGACAUAAGCGUCGUCAACGGGCCUGUCAUUGCUCAGAUUUAUAGGGAUGUUUUGAAUGCGAGAGAGAUCUUUGCAGGGCAGCAGACAUAUUAUGUGGCCGUAGCACCCGGUGUCGACUUGGCGCUGAUGGCUGCCAUGUGUAUAUGCUUGAACGAGAUGAAGAACGAACGGUAGAGGCACACUUCGGGAAUCUUGAGGAGUACUGUCGACUUUCAUGAGUUCGAGUUUGUAUACGAUCAUUCAUGACCGACUCUUCACGUAAGUGUGUUCUCACUGGCAUUGGCCAGUAUGUUCCGAUCCGCGCUGAUGGAGUCAUUGCAUGAUAGAUUGUAAUUAUUUAUAUCUAUCCUAAUGAUGCAAGCGCAUUCAGUCAUCACAGAGCACAUACCGCCCUGGAUGCUGGAUCAUCAAUAAUAAGCCCAUGGGACUGCAAGGCUGCCAGGGACGCGUGGUUGGCCACGCUCCAUAAGGCGAUCACACAACAUUCUUCAAGAUCGGAUCAAUAGGUUUCUCGAUCAAUUCGAACGGCACUCGAUACAUGCCUUUCACCCUGUAGAUCCUCG